AUGUCUGGUUUAAUGUACAGGUGCAAUCUGUUCACGUUUGAUGUCAUUGGUGAACUCGCUUUCGGCUCUCCUUUUGGCAUGCUUUUGCGGGGCCAAGACACCGUCAGGAUAGCGAAAUCCCCUGCAGCUGGUAUUGCCUCCUAUGCGCUCACCGAUUCCGCCGCGAAGCAACCCGCGGCUCAAUACGAGGUCGAAGAAAUCGCUGCAAUCGAGUUGAUUACUGCGCGCACGGAGACUAACGCCGUUCCCGCUGUGCUUCCCGUGUACAUGCGCGAGUUCAUGAGGCGCAUGCCGCAGUUCCGUCGCAGCACUAAGUCGCUGGGCCAGAUAAUCGGCAUGGCGGCGGAUGUUGUCUCGCGACGCCUUGCCGCCGCUCGCCAGGAGGGAAAUGAUGAGAAGAUUUUUGACGAUAUGUUUGGGAAACUGUUGAAUGGCCGAGACGAGAACGGGAAUCCAAUGACUCCGCAGGAGCUGACUACGGAGACCAUUACACUGCUAAUCGCAGGAUCGGACACAACUUCCAACUCGCUGUCGGCCAUGAUAUUCUACAUUGCCCGCGACCAGAAGGUGCAGAAGAAGCUCCAGGCCGAACUCGACGCUGCGGCCAGUGCAGACACCACUAGUAUUCUGCCCUUCGAUGACGCCAAAUCCUUGCCGUACCUCGAGGCUGUCAUCAAUGAGGGUCUCCGCCUGUUCUCUCCGGUUGGUCUUGGUCUUGGUCGAGUCGUGCCCGAAAGCGGCAUCACGGUGCUCGGCCAGACGUUCCUUGCAGGCACAGAGAUCAGCGUUCCCUUGUACAGUGUGCACCACUUAGAGAAAGCGUGGGGUGCGGACGUGGAGGAGUACCGCCCUGAGCGCUGGCUGAACGAUGAGAAACGGGGCGAGAUGAUGAAGGCGUUCAACCCGUUCUCCUUCGGACCGAGGGCCUGCAUAGGGCGCAACGUCGCAAUGCUGGAAAUGACGUUGGUCAUCGCCGCCGUUUUCCGCCGCUACGAUAUUGUCCUGCAACCGGGCGAAAUGCUCGAAGUGUACGACAGUUUCGUUCGCAAGCCGCAUAAGUGCGUGGUUGGGAUCAAGCGUAGAGAGAUAUGA